UUCACUUAUUCAAGUAUUCUAUCAAGAUCAGAUUUUACUUAUGUUAAUUAUACAGCUGCUAUUAAUUUAACAAGUUUUAAUGUUGUCGUUGUUAAUAAUAAUGGAUGUGAUGAAAGUGAUUAUAAUAAUGUUGAAGGUGAAGCUAUUUUAAUUUUAGCAGGUGGAAUAUGUACAAAUGCAGAGAAAGGAGAAAUUGCAACAAAGAAAAAUGUGUCAGUUAUAUUAUUUUAUAAUCAUGGUUUAACAACAACAAGUUUAGCACCAGCAUCUUUUCGUCUUCGUCAAUCAAAUCAAUUACCAGCACUUUCACUUUCUUAUGCUGCAGGACGAACAUUAGUAGAUGCAAUUAAUAAGAAUAAUAAUUCAGUUCGUGUAACAAUUGAAAUUCAAAGAGAAAAUUAUGGAACAUUUAGUGUUGAUAAUAUUUGUGCUGAUUUAUUUGGUGGAAAUAUUAAUGAAACAAUUCUUGUAGGUGGACAUAGUGAUAGUGUACCAGCUGGACCUGGUAUUAAUGAUAAUGGAAGUGGAUCAUCAACAAAUCUUGUUUUAGCAAUAAAUUUGGCUCGAUUAUAUGGCACAACGAAUUAUACAAGAUAUCGAUAUCGUAUUCGAUUUUGUUGGUGGGCAGCAGAAGAAAUUGGAUUAGUUGGAGCAAUUCAUCAUGUUCAACAAGCUCAAAAUUCAUCAGCACCAUCUGAAAAUAAACUUUCAAAUUAUUUAAUUAAUCUAAAUUAUGAUAUGCUUGGUUCACCAAAUUAUUUUUUUGGAAUUUAUAAUGGUAGUUCAGCAAAACCAGGUACACCUUCACAAGCAUUAAAUGGAAGUAUUAGAAUAUCUGAAGUAUUUCGUGAUUGGUUUAAUUUACAAAAUCUUCCUUAUGAUUAUACAGAUUUUAGUGGUCGAAGUGAUUAUGGACCUUUUUUAGCAACUGGUAUUGUUGCUGGUGGUCUUUUUUCAGGUGCUGAUGAAACAAAAAGUGUUGAACAACGUGAUCGUUAUGAAUCAAAAUUAGGUGAAGGUCGUGGUGGUUUAGCAGGUGCUAAAGUUGAUCCAUGUUAUCAUUUAGAUUGUGAUACAAUAAAGAAUAUUGAUAAAUUUGGUUAUUUUAAAAUGAGUCAAGCAGCAGCAUAUAUGUUGGAAUAUUUAGGGAGAAAAAAUGAUUUAGUUAAUUAUUUAUAUCCCAAUGGACGUUCAAGUCAAAUUCGAUUAUCUGAUGAUUAUUUUCCAAAUAGUGAUUAUUUUAGAGAAAGUUAA